GCACUCCUAAAGCAGCGUUGGUGUCUCUCGGAAGCUCUUGGGAAAUUUGGAUUUGGGUGCCAUGUUUGAAGAGCUCUGAAACAGCCCAGAAACCAUUGAAGAGCUCACGCUUGCACUGUUUGAAUCCUCCCCAUUAUUCAUACCUUUGCAAUUCCCUUGAGUGGCGACGGCUAUCUUUGAAUAAACUGAAAGGGCAGAUUUUGCUGCUUAUAUCUAUCUAUCUAUCUAUCUAUCUUGGGUCAUUGCAAAAUGCCAACUUUAGCUGUGCCUGGCCUCCUUGGGUUCAGAAGACAAUUUGUUGAUUCAGAGAUGCAACUCAACAUUCCGAUGCAAAAUAGCAUAGCAACUCUACAAAAAGUUGCAGAUGGUCUUAUCACGCAAAUGCAAAUGCAAAUGCAAAUGCACCCCAUCAUCCCUGGGUUGCCGGACGAUGUGGCAAAGACCUGCCUUGCACUUGUUCCUCGGUGUGACAUUCCCGUUAUGGGUGCAGUCUGCAAGACAUGGAGGUCAUUUAUCCAAAGCAAGGAGUUCCUUACCGUGAGAAAGGAUGCCAAGCAGGUCGAAGAGUGGCUUUUCAUCUUAACCGGGGAUGCACAAGGGAGAGAGAGCCAUUGGGAGGUCUGGGGAGGCUCAGGAGAGAAACUCAAGGUGCUCCUGCCGAUGCCUGGCCCUGCGAAGGCUGGGUUUGGCGUUGCAGUUCUGGAUGCGAAGCUCAUUAUCGUCGGUGGAUAUGUUGUCGAUGCUGGUACCAAAUGUGUCUCAAAUGAUGUUUAUCAGUAUGAUUCUCGGCUUAACAGAUGGAGUUUGCUAGCGAAGAUGAGCGUCGCUCGCCAUGACUUCGCCUGUGAUGUGGUCAAUGGUCUAAUAUACGCUGUCGGGGGGUUGGGACCCAAUGGCGAAAACUUAUCUAGCGUCGAAGUUUACGACCCAGACAAAAAUCAGUGGACCUUAAUCGAAAGCCUUCGCCGCCCGAGGUGGGGUUGCUUCGCUUGCAGCUUUGAUGGUUUGCUUUACGUCAUGGGUGGCCGCUCUAGCUUCACGAUCGGCAAUUCCAGGUUUGUGGAUGUGUACAGCCCGCAACGCCACUCAUGGCAUGGCAUGAAGAUUGGUUGCGUGAUGGUCACUACCCAUGCCAUGCUAGGGAAGAAACUCUUUUGUAUGGGGUGGAGAAAUCAGCGGAAGCUGUCUAUAUUUGAUCCGGUCGAAAAUUCAUGGCACGAUGUCCCGGUUCCAGUUUCUGGGAGCUCUGCGAUCGGGUUUUGCUUCGGCAUAUUUGGUGGGAAAUUGUUGCUUUUCUCUGUCAAGAACGAACCAGGGUAUCAUACACUGUCGUAUGAUCCGGAUGCUCCAGUAGGAUCAGAAUGGCAGAUUUCUUCGUUUAAGCCUUGGGGGGGCGUUUGCUUGUGCAGUGUGACGAUCGAAGCAUAAAAGGGUUUUUUGUUGAGCUAUAUAUUAUAUUGACCAUGCCAUCCCAUCCGUCUACGAAGUUGCAGGAGUUUCUCGAUCAUUUUACUUGUGAUUUGUUGUUGACUUGCGGUGGAAGUUAGUACAUUAGAUUGACUUGAUUUGAUUGUUGCUAUUCACAGCUAGAUUUCUUUCUUUUGAUAUGUCACUAAUCAUUGUUGUUAGCUUAAUUGUGUAAUCUUACGACUAUCUAUGAAAGGUGGAGAUGUAUAUGUGUGAUGAUGAUGA